AUGGGCAACAGCAGCUCGUUGAUGCUCCGCGAUGAGGAAAUUGAGGAGAUUAUGAGGGAAACUGAAUGUUCGUCUUUGUUUUUUUAAAGAAAGAAAUCGAAGAAAAAAAUCAUAGAUUUUUUUGUAGGAAAAAAAUCGCGAAAAAAACUGAAAAAAAAUUGUUUUUUUGAGUAGGAAAACUUGAAAAAUUGAAUUUAAAAAAAAAGAAGAAGAUUUUUUUGAAGGAUGACUUGAAAAGUUGAAAGUUGAACAAUUUUUUUAAGCAGCAUUAAAAACAUGUUUGUGUCAUAAAAAUUAAAAUAAUCGACUUUCAAAACAUUUUUAGCACUAGAAAAAAAUGUGUAGCACUAGAAAAAAUGUGUAGGAAAAAAAUUUGAAAAAUAGAAAUUCCAACAAAAAUUUAUACAAUUUUCAAUCAAAUUUUAGACCUUGAUAACAUUCAAAAAAAUAAUUUUUUUCAUUGAAAUAUUUUAUGAAAACUUACUUUUCAAUAGAAAUUAUCAAGAAAAAAAUAAUAAAAUUUUUCUAAAAAAAUCGAAGUUUACUUUGUUUUUUUGUUAUAGAAUUUGACAAAGAAACGGACUUUAUUGUCUUGUUCACCCUAUUUUCUCGAAUAAUGUAAUUUUUGAAAGUGUUGAUAUAAAAAUUCGAGAUGAAAAAUUUUUUUGGUAAUGGUGGCUUCUCAAUUUGGAAAAAAAUAUUCACAACUUCAAUCUGGAUUAUAAUACAUUUAUCGAUAUUUCCAGUCAAUCGCAAUCAAAUCGUCCGACUCUACAGCCGAUUUUUUUGUCCCUGGACAAGAAAGGUUUGUUUUUUAAAAUUAUUUAAGAGGAUUUUUGAAGGUUUUUUUAAUGGUAAAAGUUCAAAAAAAUUAAUUUUUUUGAAAAAAAUUUUUCAGGGCAAGGAUACCUAUCACGUGACGAUUUCCUGAAUGUCCCCGAGUUGGCCGUAAAUCCACUGGGAGACCGAAUUGUCGACGCUUUCUUCACUUUAGCGUAAGUUUCAAGAAAAAAAUAGAUCAAAAAAACGAUUUAUUUAGAAAUUAGAAAAUGGGUGGAACUUUUUAACUGACUUUGACGUUUCACUGUACAUUUUUUUAAAAAGCAAAAAAAAAUUUUUUUCUUAAUAAUCGGCCGUUUCAAUGCUUACAGUAACUUUUUUUGGAAAGUUAGGCCGUAUUCUGUAUUUGUGAAAUGCGACCUUCACGAUAGGAUCUUCGUUUUUCCAUUUUUCUUUCAUUUUUCCAUUUUUAUAAUUUUUUUCUUUGUUUUUUCUGUGUGAAAUUUACGAUUUUGUUUUUAUUUGGAAUGGAUUUCUAAUUUUUCUUGACAUUUUUUUCAGUUCGAACUUUCCAUUUUAAACUAAUUACUUCUAGAAAUAUUCGAAUUCAACAUUUUUUUCACGUUUUUUUAUCAUUACAUUUUUUUCUAUAUUUCGAAAAAAACAAUUGAAAGUAAUUAAAUAAACUUUCUUUAAUGAAAAAUUACCGUCUUUAUAAUCGUGAAGGUCGUAAUUCACAAAUCAAACCCACGGCCUAAGUUCCCAAAAAAAAUGACGGCCUAACUUUCAUAGUUGUCACGAAAACAUCCAUUAACAGAUUUUUGAAGCCUUUUUUAGACAAAAAUGAAGAAGAAAACGACUUUUUGCCAUUAAUUGGAAGUGAAAAAUAAAUGAAAAAUAAAAUUUUAGUGGCGACAAUGAACAGCAGCAACUGAAUUUCCGGCAGUUCACCCGGAUUUUGGCCCAUUUCCAGCCGGUUUCCAGGUCCAAAACCAACGUCCUCAACUCCCGACGCGACAAAUUGCUGUGUAAGUUUGAAACGAAAUAAUAAAUUAGUUUCGAAACACAUUAAAAACUUUUUAUAAGUUGAGUUUAACGUUUCAGAACAUCAAAUCAUUCAUUUUGUUGUUUUAGUCUGAUGUAAUCGGUGAACAUGAACUUUAAAAGCUAUGACGAACAACCGCCUUUGGCGAGCUAGAAGUCCAAACGUGAAGUCGAAAAAGUUGAAAGCAUGGUCUUACGGUCUUUUGCCUCGUUCUUCUGCGCGUAGGCUAUCCAGUUGAGAGCUCAGAAUGUAGUGGAUGAUGUAGCUGGAGCCCGGAGACCGUCCUCUAGGUCAAAGCCUUGAAAUGAGAUGGACCACAGAUGAGUCAAGACUUUGAACGGAGUUACAAGGUCAGAAGUAACUAUCAGGAAACAUUUGGAAAUAAAAACGUUUUAGGAUAAUUAGUUUCCAAAUAGAGCUCACGGUGUUCUCAAACGGGGUGGGGAGACGUCAAAAAAAAUUUUGGCGCGAAAUUUGAAAUCUACAGUACCCAGCCGAAGGCGAUCGAACAAACAACUUAUUAACGUUUAAUACUCAGUGUAAUUAUGACGUAGAAUGACGUCAUUUUAUCCGUAGCGCGCACUAAAUUUUUUCUGUAAAUUCAGAAACUUUGACGCCUCGCUCACCUUACCUCACCCCGUUUGGGAACGGCGUGAGCUCGAUAAAUUGAAAAAAAUUACGAAAAAUCUUUUUUUUCAGGGAAUUCUUUAGUUUUUUUUAUCAGUUCCCUACAGGAAGUAAAAUAUACAAAAACUGCGCGUUCCGAAUAUUUGAUUGAAAACACACAAAACCUCUUUUUUUUCGAAAAUGUCGAGAAAAAUUCAAAUAUAGUGCUAAAAAACAGCAGGUCUGCCUACACGGAAACGAAGUUCAAAAGCUGUUCGAUCUACGUUUCUCAAAGCCUAUAAAGAGACGUGAAAUUUCAAGUGGAUGUUCACCACGAUAACAUUAUCUUAUUAUAAAAUGACCUCGCGGAUAAUCUUUUUUUAUUGUUUUUAUGGAUGGAAGCCUCAGAAUGAGAGAGCGACCACAGCAGAGUGAAGAUUUUACACGGAAUGUUGAAAUUGUGAAAUUAAAAGUUGAAAAAAAGCUAGUAUAUAUAUAUACAAAAAAAGUCCGUAUUCAUAUAUAAAUAUACGGACUUUAUAUAUAUAUAUAUAUAUAAACAAACGGACUGCUAAAAGCUUUAAGUGAAGGCUCUAAAAAAAAAAAUAAUGCUUUUUUUCAGUCGCCUUCAAGAUGUACGACCUGAACAAGAACAACUACAUCACCCGUGAAGAAUUCAAGGUGAUCCUCAACUGCAUGGUCGGCGCCAACAUCACCUCCGAACAGGUAAAAAACCAAUUCUUUCUGAAAAAUGUCAUUGCUUUUUUCGAUUUUAAGUUUUUUCCGAUUUUAUUAUUUUUAUUAUACAUAACAUGAUUUAAAGCUCGACAAAAUCGCUGAUCGGACGAUCGAAGAGGCCGACGCGGACAAGGACGGAAAAAUCUCGUUCGAUGAGUUUUGCAAGGUUCGUUUUGGAAUAAUCGAGAAAUUCAGAGAUUUUUUCUAAAAAUGGGGAAAAAUAAGUGUCAUUGGAGCGCAUUUGACUCUCUGCAGAAUUUUGAUUAGAAAAAUGAGCUUCUAGUGGUUCCUUAAGUACUUUGAAUGCUGAAAAAACUCCUUUUUUGUGUUGGAAUCGAGAAAUUUACUAUAGUGAACCCUUGGAAAAUUUUGAGUAGUUUUGCGGAAAAUGAGCCGCAAUUCAGUGGAGCGAGCUUUACAUGAGUAGUACUUUAGAUAAAAGCACUAAAGUGGCCACUUUGGCCAAGUAAUCACCUCGGUUUUUAAUACCAUCGGAACUCGAUUUUCAUAGUUCUUAAAAAUUUGAAGUGGUCCCUUGAGGGGUUCACGUAGAAGAUUGCGAAGCUCUUGAAAAAGCUCUGAGGAAGAAUAAGUGGCCACUUAAUGGAACAGAAAAAAGCUCUGAAUUUUUCAAAAAGCAGGAUAGCGGCUCCAGUGAUAGCUCAUGGCUCAAAGCUUUAAAACAGGAAAAAAAUUGAGUAGUCCCUUAAGGGGUUCGCGUUUGAAGUCCCUGAAGUGGCCCUUAAGAUGUUUUUUAAGAGAGAGUUCCUCUUUUAAACGGCCAUUUUUUUAUUUUCGUUUUUUGAUAAGGAAACCCCUCUAGAGGCCACUUCAAGACAGUUUUAUCAAAAAUUGCGAAUUUUAAUGAUGAUAAGUGAGGAUUUUUCAAACUUGGUUCCAAAAAUUAAGUUUUUCAAAGUCUAAAAUUAAUAAUCAUUAAAUUUUCCUUUUUCGAGGCGAUGGAGAAAACCGACAUCGAGGAGAAAAUGUCGAUCCGAUUCUUGAACUAA